AUGUAUAAUUUUUUAAAGCAUAUGAGUCCCUGUAAACAAAAUUUAACACUUAGCCAUCAAGUUUUGGAAAAGCUUUGGUCUCCAAAUUCUUGUUUUAUUAAUUCCAAAGUUGCUCAAAUACAUAAUUCUCCUUUCCAAAAUAUAUUUUUAAUGUUAUACCCAAAUGGGACCCUUUGGGUUAAUUAUCGUGUUAGAAUUAAAGGCCCUUGUGCUAUGGAUUUAACCAAUUUCCCAAUGGAUAUACAGACUUGCCAUUUAAUUUAUGAAAGUUUUAAUUAUAAUAACCAAGAAGUUCGUAUGCGUUGGAAUCCGGCAAAUCCCAACCCUGUUUACCCUAUUGGAAAUAUUUUAUUACCCGAUUUUAAUCUUAUGAAUAUACAAACUACUUUAGUUGUUGAGGUGAUUUUUUGUAUUCAAAAUUUUUUUUAUUGCUACUUUAUUUCUUGGGAAAUAUUGCUUGUCGAAACUAAGAUUUUCGAAAAUUUUGAUCGAUCUUAAAGUCUGUUUAUAAUUUUCUAAAUGAGCUGUUUUUAAUUUAAAGUAUGUAGGUAUUUCUAAUGAUUUAG